CUGCGUGAUUAGAAGACUUCACACAUUUCAACAAGUGUAAAAUUAGCAACAACAUGAAGGGUCUCUGUGUUCUCGCUCUUUUCGCCGCAGUUGCGAUUGUGGCGCAUGCCGCCCCCGCUCCUGAUGAGAAGUACACCACCAAGUACGACAACGUCGACUUGCAGGAGAUCCUCAAGAACAAGCGUCUGCUCAAGAACUACGUCAACUGUCUGUUGGAUAAGGGCAACUGCAGUCCCGACGGCGCUGAACUCAAGAAGAACCUGCCCGAUGCCAUCGAGAAUGAGUGCAGCAAGUGCAGCCAGACACAGAAGGACGGCAGCCGUGUGGUCUUGCACCAUCUGAUCGACAACGAACAGGAAUGGUGGAAGCAGUUGGAAGCCAAAUACGACCCCACAGGCACCUACAAGAAGAAGUACCAAGAGCAAGCUGCCAAGGAAGGCAUCAAGAUCUAAAUAUCUAAACAAUUUAAACGAAAUUGUCCCUCCGAUGGCGAUACAUUUUUUUAUACAAUAAUAAAUUUUGUUUUCAUUAAAAA